AUAGUUGGAUAACCCCAUUUCAGAAACUAAACUCCAAUUAGUUAUUCACAACUCUGAUUUCAUCAAUCACCUUCUACUCAAACCAAUUUUUUUUUAUUAUUCUUUUUUGAAUCCCUUCUCGAUUAUCCAUAUAAUAACACCAUAUUCUUAAUUUUCCUCCAACAACAUACAUAUAUAUAGCUACUCCUACUAUAGCAGCAGCUAUUUAUAAUUAAUUAGAGGUUCGGUUUUAAAGAAGAAACAAGAUGAUGAUGAUGAUGAUGAGUGUUAAUAACUCGGUGUCAUGUGGAUGCAAGCCCCUACUCAUGACCAUGGAGUCCCUCUUCCACCACCGCAUCACCACCAAGGAGAAGGUUGUGGUGGUCAUUGGCGCCACCGGCACCGGCAAGUCCAAGUUAGCCAUUGACAUAGCCACUCACUUCAAACCGGCGGAGAUUGUCAACUCCGACAAAAUUCAAGUCUUCAAAGGCCUCAACAUCACCACUAACAAGGUGACAGAGGAAGAGUCUCGUGGGUUUCGUUUAAGGUACGACUGCUGCUUCCUCUGGGUCGACGUUUCCCUCCCCGUCCUCCAUUCCUCUUUGGAACGCCGCGUUGACAAAAUGAUUCAGGCCGGUCAAGUCAACGAAGUUCGCGAUUUCUUUGACCCUUCCGGAGACUACUCCAGAGGGAUUCGGAGGGCCAUUGGAGUCCCCGAGUUUCACCAAUUUCUUCAAGCCGAGUCCAUGGAAGCAGACCAGGAAACCAAGAACAGGCUUCUAGAAGACGCCAUUGCCACCAUCAAGCUCAACAACUGCAAGCUCGCCAACCGUCAGCUACACAAGAUUCAGCGCCUCCACGCCGUGUGGAAGAGAAACAUGCACCGCCUCGACGCCACUCAGGCUUUUCUUAACACACAAGAAGCCGCUUGGGAGGAUCACGUGGUGGCUAAAGCUAGAAGGAUCGUGCAGAGGUUCUUGUACGACGAAACUCAUCAACAUGUUGUUCCGCCGCUUGUGUCCUCUCCGGCUUCGCCGCCAGCAGCCGCCAUGGCCGCGGUAACACAUUAGAACUAGCUAGGGACAGAAAAAAUGUCACCACUACUGACAUGCCAUUUUUUUCCUUUUCUUUUUCCGGUGUCCCUUUUUUUAGGUCAUGUCAUUGGUAGUAAAAGCCAUAUACUAAUUACUAUAUAUUUUAAGGGAAAAAAUACAAUAUUUUGUUAAAUUAA